UGGCUUGCUAGUAAAGUUUUAUUUCCCACUUAUACAGUGAAAAACUAUGGGUUAAAUAUGAGAAAAGUUGCAUGGAUUGUAGAAGAAUGAAUAAGAACACAGAUGCAGUCGAGACAAAUGACGGAAUGACUGGAAAUGGAAUUACUCCAGUUCAGCAAAUGAUUUCAUCAUGCAGUGGAGCAUUUGUAACUUCAGUAUUUGUUACUCCAUUGGAUGUGAUAAAGAUACGACUUCAGUCACAGAAGAAACCACUGGUCAAAGGCCAAAUAUUCCAGUACUGCAAUGGACUGAUGGAUCAUGUAUGUGUAUGUGCUGUUAACGGGGGUUCAAGUUUAACACCAGCACCAGAGUGUCCAUGGUAUAAAAGGCCUAUACCAAAACCUCUUACUGGCACAGCUGAUGCCUUUUUCAAGAUUCUUAAAUAUGAAGGUGUUGCUUCCCUUUGGAGUGGAUUGCCUCCAACUCUAGUCAUGGCUAUUCCUGCUACAGUUAUCUAUUUUUCAUGUUAUGAGAUAUUUCGUAAGAAGUUAGGUUACCAUGGAGGAUUAGCAGGCAGUGAUUGGUGGAAACCCAUGAUUGCAGGUGCAGCAGCAAGAACACUGUGUGUGACAGUUAUAAGUCCCAUAGAAAUGAUCAGAACCAAAUUACAGUCAGAACAGCUAUCUUACAGCCAAAUUAGGAAGUCUCUUGGUCAGUCCAUCAAAACUGGAGGUAUUACCAUGUUGUGGAAAGGCUUGGGACCAACACUGCUUAGAGAUGUUCCUUUUUCAGCACUGUAUUGGUUGUCCUAUGAGAGUAUGAAAGCUCGUGUACAGCUACAGAGAGGACCAUCACAAAUGACAUUUGCAGAGAGUUUCACUGCUGGUGCUGUGUCUGGAACAAUAGCUGGUAUCCUGACUCUUCCAUUUGAUGUGAUUAAGACACACAGACAGAUUGAAUUGGGAGAAGUAUUAAAAGAAAACAAAAAUGCAACUAGGUCAACCUGGAAACUCAUGAUGAAGAUGCAAGCUGAUCAUGGAUAUCAUGCUCUCUUUACAGGACUGGUUCCCAGAACCAUAAAGGUAGCUCCAGCUUGUGCCAUCAUGAUCAGUUCAUAUGAAUACUUCAAGGCUUACUUCAGAGAACAAAACACAAUGAAUCAUUCGUAGUAUUAAUUGUCAGAUAAACAACACAAACAAUUAAGUGUUCACUGUCUGAAAUCCUUAUAGAAUAAACUGGACGGAAAUAUUCCACAUAUCUAAUCUUGUACGGAUGUCAUCGGGCACUUUUUGAUGGUUCAUUCAAGAAUGAUGCAAAUGCAGCUAUAAACUAGCUUUUUUAACUUAUGUUGAGUUGAGCAAUGUUUUGUAAACAUAAUAAGCAUGUUCAAGUGAUAUUAUUUAUAUGUGAACAUAAGUACAAUCUGACUAACAUACAAAUCUAUUGUAUUGUGUCUAUGCUUUUCUUUCAUAGAUAUGAAAGCAUUCAGUUCCUAGUUCUCUUUGAAGACCUUUUGAGAACCUCUGGUAUUGUCCAGCUAAAAUUUCAUUGGUCAAUGUAAUGAUUUUCAGAUCAGAAAGUAUAACCGUGUGUGGUCAGAUCCUUGAUGGCAAAACAUGGACAUAUGAAGUGUAUUUAAAUCAAAUGGACAUAAUAGAAUAUUGUAAAAUAAUGGUAGUGCAUGAAAAAGAAUUUAUACCAAAGAAUUUUCUUAUUUAAAUAACUAAUUUUUCUGAAUUAUUGAUGAUCUCGUAUGCAUGACUAUUGUAUAAUUGAUAAUCAAAGAUAACUUAUUCAGAAAGACAGAUCUGACUGUUAUUAUGGUGCUCAUGUUCAUAUUAAGAAAAUGUAACAUGUGUUCAGAUUAAAAAUGUUGAUUGUAAUGUGUUUUCUAUAUGUUUUUAAAUUAUUUAUUAAAAAUUUAAUGCUAUAGUUCUGUAAUAUAGGACUUUUACAAGUUUUUUUAUUACAUGACUUGAACAAAUGAAAGGAAUUAUUAGUAUAUGGUUGUGUAAUUUAAUAAUUCUUUCAUAUUAGAAUCCUAACAUUUUCUAUCAUUUUUAUACAAUUUAAAGAUCAUGAAUCCCUUCACUUAUGCAAUUUAAGAAAAUAAUUAACUAAACCAAAAAGUAUUAGGAAUCAACUUUUAUGUGUGCACAUUGAUGCAUGUUAUUUAAAUCUAUGGCUUUUAAUAAAUCUAAAGAAUAAACAAUAUAAUUUCUUCAUACCAAAUUGUUCCUAUUGAAAUGCAUGUAUGUAUGGCAAUAAGGAGACAUACCAACUUUAUGUUUGGUAAAUAAUUAUCAACUCCUUUGACAUGUUUGAAAUGUAAAAAUGAAGUAGAUUUAAAAUGUGGUGUCAGCUGUGAUCUGUUCACUACUGACAGAUCAUUUAAAUAAUAAAUAUCUGUCAAUAGUGGACUAGUAUUGUACUUGACAUAGUGAAGUGGUAAACAAAUAAUUAUUUUAUGAUUAAAACAAAGAAUUCAUAAAUAGAUAUAGGAAGAUGUGGUGUGAGUGCCAAUGAGACAACUCUCCAUCCAAAUAACAAUUUAAAAAAAGUAAACCAUUAUAGGUCAAUGUACGGCCUUCAACACAGAGCCUUGGCUCAAACCUAACUACAAUCUAUAAAGGGCCCCAAAAUAACUAGUGUAAAACAAUUCAAACAGGAAAACCAACGGUCUAAUCUAUAUAAAAAAACGAGAAACGAGAAACACGUAUAUAUUACAUAAACAAACAACAACUACUGUAUAAAUACCUUUUUGUCAUAGGAGUGUCCUCUUUUUGUCAAUAUGGGUCUCAGUGGCUGAGUGUUUUAGUAGUCAAUCAACUGUUUUACUAGACUGUAAACACUUAGGUUGGCAGGUGUGUUAGUCUCAAAUUUUAAAUGACUAGGAUUAUCCCUUUUCCUGAUGAAGGUCUGCAGUUCAUUUUGAAAACCCGCCUUCCUCCACCAAUAAAAACUGAUCUGCAUGAAAUAGUUUGUAGCACUGAAAUGGAUGUUUUAAUCCAACAAUCAAUCAAUUCCUGUAACUAUCAAGCAGACUGACAAGAUAUUGUAUUACAAAAUUGAAGAUAUUAGAAUAAAAUGGUUCUGACCAGCCAAUUAGCUACAAUAUAUGUGGUCCUGUGCUUUAUAAUGUCAUGGGAAAUCUUUUAGUGCUAUUUCAUGUAUAUGUGAAAAUAUCAUAUUUUAUACCGUGCAUAUGUAAAUAUUGAAGUAAAGAUUUACGUGAUUUUUAAAAGCCAUGUCAUUGUGAACUAACUAAAAUGAAAUACUAAAAACUUAAAUAAUAAACCUGUAUCUUGAAAUCUUAUUACAUUUUAUAGAUUUAUCAUAAACUUGAAAUUGGUGCAAACUUUAAGAUGUUUGUGGUUUAUUUUUAUAACUAAUUUUAUGAACAUAAAUGUAUGGGUGUUUUUAAAGAUUGAAUGCAAUGUAUUUCGAAUGCUGCAUAUAUGUAUGAUGUAUUAAUUAUAAUUCAGUCAAAAAUUAAAAAAAUAUUCUAGGUGCAUUUCUAGGAUUAAUUUUUAUUUUGAAAAGGAACAUUAUACCAGAAAUAGUCAAUAUGAGGCUAAAAAUGUUAUAUUCAUGUACCCAUGGAAGGACAUUUAUAUGGUUUGUUAAGGAGAAGUUUUCUGUUCCUAUAUCAGGAGCUAAUCUAGGAUAUUGAAAGAGGUAUAAGUCCAUAAAAUGUAUUAUAUUUUAGACAACUUUAUGCCAAAUAAUCUUAUAAACAUUCAUAUGAAAAAAUCCAUUGGUGCUCUCUACGCCCUCUGUAUCAACCAGUCAUAGCAAAUUUACUAGUUGCGUCAAGAAUACUUAAAUGUGUGGUAUUGCCCUCAUCUAGUAAGCAGAUUGUUUAUUUACAAAUAGUUGGGACAUUUUAAAUGCAUUUUCUUUUAAAUGAAUUUAGAUUAUGAUAAAUAGACUGUUGAACAACUACAUAAUGAAGAUAGUUGUAUAGAAAUAAAGUGGUGAAUGAUUGUACCUGUGCCUUUUGACAAUGAUUUCAAAACAAUCAUAUGUAAAUUCAUAAAUUAUUGCAAGGUUUUUAUUAAUAAAUAUUGCAUUGUAGUCUAACAUUACAAAAUCGCAAUAAUAAAUGCACCCAAUAAUUUCUGAAUUUACUGUAUGUUAUUCAUAAUUACCCAUAAUUUCUGGUUUUGAUUUUACUCUUGUGAUGCUUAGCUCAAGUAUAUUUUCUGUAUAACUAUAUGUAUGUAGAUUGAAAGUAAUAAGAUGAGCUAUAUGCACAUACAAAUAGAUUUAGAUAUCUUUUUGUUGUGAAAAUGUUUUACUUAAAUUGCAUUUGAAUUUUGAAAUGUAUAUUAGAUAUACUGUCAUGUUGUGUCAUGGAUGCCACAGGCUACUAAUAGUAGUAAUGAGAAAUUUAAGAUUUAUUAAAAACUUAUUUAAAAAAAGUGAGUAUUAUUAUGUAUAUAGACUAAAUAUCACUUUUUUAAUUUGAGCAUUGUUACUGAAUGAAUUGAUUUGAUAUCUUAAAACUAUGUUAAAUAUAACAUGUUUUAAAUACAAAAUAAAUUGAUAAUAUAAAGAAAUCAAACCAUAUUUUCUCUCAA